AUGACACAAGUUAUCGAACGCAAACCGGACUUAGACAAUUUGAAAAAUUCGAAGAUUAUCUUCGUUGUUGGUGGACCGGGAUCAGGAAAAGGUACUCAAUGUGAACGCAUUGUUCAAAAAUAUGGUUUCACACAUUUGAGCACGGGAGAUCUUCUUCGUGAAGCUGUUCAAUCCAAAUCGGAACGUGGUGAACAACUCAAUGCCUUGAUGAAAGAAGGCAAAUUAGUUCCAAUGGAAGUUGUUCUCGAUUUGCUCAAAGAAAACAUGAUUAAAAAUGCUGACAAAUCAAAAGGUUUUCUCAUCGACGGCUAUCCGCGUGAAGUUCCUCAAGCUCAAAAAUUCGAAGAAAUGAUUGCUCCAUGCAGUCUCGUUCUCUACGUCAAAGCAAGCGAUGACACAAUGACAAAACGCUUAUUACACCGCGGCCAAACAUCUGGUCGAGUCGAUGAUAACGAAGCAACAAUUAAGAACCGUUUACAAACCUUUCAUAACCAAACAUUACCGGUCUUAGAUCUUUAUCAAAAGCAAGGCAAAGUAGCUGAGGUCAACUCAGAAUUGGCACCGGAUGAUGUCUUUGGCGAAGUACGCAAUGUGCUUGAUAAACUUGCAUAA